UCGACCUGAAUGAAGACGAGCUAGUCAGUCCUCCGCUACGGCUAACUAAACUGCGGAACCUAAGGAGGGAAACAGUCCGCUGCUUGGCAUUUGUAGCUCGAAGUUGAGGUGCAGCGUAAAGACUAAGGCCUUUCUCGUCGAUAACUAUUAGCUCAACGAAUGCAGCUUAGACAACCAACAAUAAUAGUCUCAAGUUUUGUUGAUAGCUAGUUGCGUCGUUUGACAGCUAACACUAACUAGCUAGUCUCAUUGGUAUUCGACGUCAGUUUCAAAACAAAGCCCGCAAAAACAGAGAAGUUCAGACUCAGCUGUCAUCUCAGGAACAGCUUGCUGCAAGAUAACCUCGAUAGAAUAAAUGUUUCAAGAUAAACAUCGACAAACAUGCGCUCACUUAGUGGCUAGUUAAUCACAUUUCGCCGACAUACACGCGAAGUUAAAUAAGCUGUCUGCAGGCUCGGAUCGGGAGUGUUUGAACUAGUCUACGUGCUUCUCUUGAUACCUUAAGUGUCAGGGUUUCUUUAAACAUUCAAUUUAAAUGUCUGAGAAAAGUUCAUCGUCUGGUUCGGAUGAGGAUGUGGACCCUGAAUCCGGACAGCCUGUGGAGCUCGGAGGCAUUUUAAGCAAGUGGACAAAUUACAUACACGGAUGGCAGGACAGAUGGGUCGUGUUGAAAAACAACACUUUGAGCUACUACAAGUCAGAAGAUGAGAGGGAGUACGGCUGCAGGGGGUCCCUGUGCCUCAGCAAGGCUGUCAUCACACCUCACGAGUUUGACGAGUGUCGUUUUGACAUCAGUGUGAACGACAGCGUUUGGUACCUGAGAGCUGAAGAUCCCGAGCACAGACUUCAGUGGAUUGAGUCAAUAGAGCUGCACAAGGCCGAGUCUGGCUACGGUUCAGAAACCAGUCUCAGGCGUCAUGGUUCCAUGUUGUCUCUCACCUCUGCAGCCAGUGCUUUGUCUGCAACAUCCACAUCUUCAUUCAAGAAGGGGCACAGGUUGCGUGAAAAGCUAGCAGAGAUGGAAACCUUCCGGGACAUUCUGUGCAGACAGGUAGACACCCUGCAGAAGUACUUUGUCUGUGCUGAUGCUGUCUCCAAGGAUGAAUUUCAGAGAGACACAGAAGUGGAAGAGGACGAAGAUGACUUCCCCAACACUACAAGACCUGACGGUGAAUAUAAUCACAACAACAACGGCAGCAAAGAGAAAUUGUUUCCUCCCACGAGUCCCAAAGGCAUGAACGGGAUAGACUUCAAGGGUGAGGCCAUCACCUUCAAGGCCACCACAGCAGGGAUCCUCUCUACCCUGUCUCACUGCAUCGAGCUGAUGGUCAAACGAGAGGACAGCUGGCAAAAGAGAGUGGAUAAGGAGUUAGAGAAGAGGAGGAGGGUAGAAGAUGCCUACAAGUCUGCAAUGAAUGAACUGAAGAAGAAGUCACACUACGGAGGUCCUGACUACGAGGAGGGGCCAAACAGUCUGAUCAAUGAGGACGAGUUCUUUGAUGCGGUGGAAGCUGCACUGGACAGACAGGACAAGAUAGAAGAGCAGUGCCAGUCAGACAAGGUGAGGAAACCUCGUCUGACUCCAGUGCCUCCGGGAGACGCCUACUCCACGAUCGGCACACACAGAUAUGCCACCAAGCCCCAAAGCCAUUCUUCUUCAAUAUCAUCCGUUGAGCUAGUCAGUGCCUCGGAUGACAUUCACAGGUUCAGCACACAGGUGGAGGAGAUGGUGCAGAAUCAUAUGACUUACUCUCUUCAGGAUAUGGGCGGAGAUGCCAACUGGCAGCUUGUAAUAGAAGAAGGAGAGAUGAAGGUGUACAGGAGAGAAGUGGAGGAGAAUGGUAUAGUGCUGGAUCCUCUCAAAGCAACACAUGCUGUGAAGGGGGUGACAGGACACGAGGUGUGCCACUACUUCUGGGACACAGCGGUCCGAUUGGACUGGGAGACCACCAUUGAAAACUUCAACGUUGUGGAAACACUGUCCGAUAACGCGGUCAUAGUUUAUCAGACUCACAAGAGAGUGUGGCCCGCAUCACAGAGAGACGUUCUCUACCUGUCAGCCAUCAGGAAGCUCUUUGCAACCAAUGAAAAUGAUCCUGACACAUGGCUCGUCUGCAACUUCUCUGUGGACCACGACAAUGCUGCUCCUACAAACCGGUGUGUUCGUGCCAAAAUCAAUGUGGCCAUGAUCUGCCAAACACUGGUCAGUCCACCAGAGGGCGACAAAGAAAUCAGCAGAGACAACAUCCUCUGUAAGAUCACCUACGUUGCCAAUGUUAACCCUGGAGGCUGGGCUCCAGCUUCAGUCCUCAGAGCCGUGGCCAAGAGAGAGUACCCCAAGUUCCUGAAACGCUUCACCUCCUACGUCCAGGAGAAAACUGCUGGGAAGCCCAUCCUCUUCUGAACACAAACAGGUUCGGGGAAGCUGAGCUUGCCCUCUGGAGAAACUACGUUGUUUAUGGCUCUCUAAGACUUUAUAACCUAUUCACCAGUCAUUAAGAAUGUGCUAAAUCUUCCUACAUGCAGGACAUAAUACCAUUCAGGACGUCCCACAGGACAUCUGAUUGUAGGAGGGACUGGUUUAAUGGCUUUAAUCAGUACUUGUCAUCCCAGCCACAUUUGAAUGGCCUAACACCAUCUGCUGGUCAUGGGCACAUUUGUAUGUACAUUUGAAGAGUUUCUUAAGUGUUUUUUGAAUAGUUGUUACCAAUUAUUUGCUUUUUUUGUAAAUUGUUUUGUACAUUUCUUAUGAUUACAUACUUCUCGACUUCCUUUGGGUUUGCUUUGAUCACUAGUAUUCCUGCUACUUGUGUUGCUGCUGCUACAGUACAGGUUUGAUGGGAGGGGGGGUCUUAGCCUAAAGCUUUGAAAUCUUUAUAUUUCUAGAUUGUGCUGAAGUAGCUUCUGGAGAGCACCAUGGACACAAUGUAUUGUACAGAGAAAAUUGACUAAGUUUACCAAUGUGAGAAAUGUGAAUUGACUGUUUAAUGCUUGAAUAUGAUAACAGUAAUGGGUAAAGGAACCCUGAAGAGGGAGAUAAGAGUAUUUUCUAAGUCAUGUUGGACAAUAUUUUUGCCACAGUUAAACUGAAAAUCAGUGAUUGGAUAUCAAUGUUGUUGACUGUAGUCUAUAGAUGCUAAGUGUGGGCCUAUUUACAAAGCUAUCUGUCUUUUACCUCCAUGUCACAUGGUUUCUGACAGAUGUUUGAAAAAGGCCAGCCUUAGUGUCUGAUGUGAAGAUUCCUCUCUUUCAUUGAGAGUUGAGUGGAUACAUUUUGUACAACCUGCGUUUGUUUUUUUUCACCUUUUUCAGCCCCUAAUGAGUCGGCAAAAAUGUCUAUCAUUUACUGAGGGUCAGGUUUAAAAAAAAAAAAAAAAAGUCUUGCUGCUACUGUGCAGGAUAAGAUAAACAUUUGAAAAACAGUGAGAAAUAAUCUAUAAAAGAUCUCCAUCAUACUCUAACAUAUAGCAUUUAUCUUGCAACACUACAGUACAGUGGCCUCCUGCCCUUUGACUGAUAAACUACCGCCCCAGAAUGCCUUAGACAUCAGGAUGAACCCUGAAAAUCCUGGUUAUCUUCACUGUACAGCCACCAGAUGUGCAUUUAUCUACACUUAAAUGAAGGGCAAGGGAAAGGGUCAGCAUUUCACAUCAUCAUACCUCAAGAUUUAAAUUUCCUCUAGAUUGCGUUUGAUGCCAUCAACCGUUGGGAGUUUUGCAAUCAGUAGAUCUUUAUGGUUGAGAAUAUAACAGCCGAUGCUUUUGGGUCUCAGAGGUCUAAGGGGUCGGAAGGAUCUGGAUAAAUGUUUUGCUGAGCAUUAAAAGAACUAGAUCUUCAAGCGAUGUCAGCUACAUAAUGCAUGUAAUGUUUUUAAUUUUGAUAUUUUGUCAGUAAUCUACACACUUUGUAAAUUUCUAAGUUGUACAUCAAAAGUGUUAUUAUUUGCACUAAAUGUAAUGCAAUUUGACAAUGUUCUGUAAAUUAAAAUUGAUACACAACAGAAA